UGACACGCAGCUCUUAAUGAUAGAAAGCCGGCAAGCUAUUGCGCUGCCGAUGGAUGCAUCUCUCUAUUUAUAGCGUAUCAAAAGCAACUGGAUAACUGAAGAGUGGGCUAGUAGGAUUUCCAAACAGACGCGGAAGGUGACCUCUUUUGUGCUUCAUCCCUUUCGCAGGCGACCGAGAAAAACCACGGCGCGCUGGGUUCUUCGCCCUGCAGGCAUCCUCUGGCGAAGAGCGAGCACGAGCGCAGCGAGGAACUUCGGAGCCUGGGGGCAUCGGCUGCCGGGGAGAGGGCGCGCGAGCCCGCCUCUCGCUUUCUUUGUGUCCCAGGCUGCCAAGGCGGACCGCAGCCUGUCGCUGAGCUUUCCUCGGCCCUCCCGCGCUUCAACCCGCCCGCCCUGGCUCCCCUCCCGCCUACUGGUUUCCCCUGGCGGAGGGAGAGCGUGUUCGCAUCUGGGCCGGCAAGAUGGCGGCAGCCGCGGGGUCCGGGUCCGACUUGCUCGGGGCUCUGGGGGAGUCCGCCGUGGGGGCGGGAGGGUCGCCUCUGUCCCCGGAGGAGAUCGCCCGCAGGCUACAGCGCACGAGGCGGGAACUGAGCAACAGGCGCAAGAUUCUUCUGAGGAACCUGCCCGACGAAAGCAGCAGCCAGGAAAUCCAUGAUUUAUUAAAAGACUUUGAACUGAAGUAUUGUUAUGUGGACAAACAUAAAAAAACAGCUUUUGUUACUCUAUUGAAUGGGGAGCAAGCUCAGAAUGCAAUACGGCUGUUUCACCAACAUUCCCUUAGAGGAAAAGAAAUAUCAGUACAGCUUCAGCCAACUGAUGCCCUACUCUGCAUUACCAAUUUGCCUUCUUUCUAUACAUUGCAAGAGUUUGAAGAGCUGGUGCGACCUUAUGGGAAUGUUGAGAGACACUUCUUGGUAUACAGUGAAGUCACUGGCUAUUCCAAGGGCUAUGGUUUUGUGGAAUAUAUGAAAAAGGAUUCUGCAGCAAAGGCUAGGUUGGACCUUCUUGGGAAACAAUUAGGUGGAAAUGUCCUUUUUGCCCAGUGGAUGGAUGCUAAUCAGAUAACUCCAGAACUCGUACAUUCAAAGUGCCUUUGUGUGGAAAACCUUCCUAUAGACUGUACUGUUGGAGAUGAUCUCUUGCAAAUUUUCUCAACUAAUUAUAAACCUGUGUUCUACCAACUUGCGCAGGAUGAAGACAGCUCUGUUGGUGGCUUUGCAGUAAUUGAAUAUGAAACAGCAGAACAAGCAGAGGAAGUACAGCAAGGCACAGAUGGUUUGACUAUCAAGGAGAAAAGAGUCCACGUGUCUUACUGUGCUCCUGGAGCUCCAGGCCGCAGUACUCUUGCUACACACAUAGCAGCACAACGAAUGAUGAAGAACAACAGAAAAGGGUUACUUCCAGAACCAAAUGCUAUGCAAAUCAUGAAAAGCUUAAAUACUCCAGCCAUGUUGCAGAUGUUGUUACAGCAUCAGAUGCAUGGAUGUGCUAAUAAGCUUGUCCUAGGAGCUCCCAUGAAUGUGCCUCACCUUGUAAGUCCAUCAGCCAGCCCAGCCUUUUUGCAUUUGAAUAAAGUUCAUCAGGGUCCUGUUUUUGGAAAUGCAUCUAAUUUGUUGCUACAAAAUUUAUCACAUCUACAUCUGGCACAGCUAGCAAAGAUUGAGAAUAUACAUGCUAAUAGUAAACCAAGUUUGCUUGGAGAGCCUCCAGCUAUGUUGCUUCAGACAAUGUUAGGAAUGGGGCCUUUACCACAAAUGGCCACGGACAUAGGGACUCAAGGAGAACCAUGUAAUUUAUCUCACUGGACUCCAGCUCAAACUGCAGUUGCAGCAGGGAUUGGCCUACUACCAUUCCUUUCAAACCAGCAUGUAACUGGGCAGGCAGCGCCAAGGCAAAAUAACAUCCAAGAGAAGUUGCCAUCAUCGCUGAGACUGACAGAAGGCGCUGGCUCAGCCUCUCAAGCAUAUCUACAGAGCUUAACAAAUGUUGCUGCAGGAGGCCUACAGGGAGGACAUCUCCAGCAACAGAGCCAGCCAAAGAAUACCGACUCCAGCACGGGCAGUUCUUCCAAAAAUCAAACCUCUCUACUUGGAGAACCUCCUAAGGAAAUACACCUUAGCACAAAUCCCUACUUGAACUUGGCGAGUGUACUUCCUUCGGGGUGUCUUUCAGGAGCAGUCACCAACAAAGCCAAUAAUACUAAGCCACAAUCUGUAGUUUCAAGUAACUCAAUCAACAGUGCAAGUGCUCAGGGAAACACAUCACAACAAGCAGUGGAAAACUCUUUUAACUAUUCACGACAGUAUAGUGAUUACACACAGGAUUCAGUCCAGCAGUGGUAUCAGCAGUACGCUCAGGCAUAUCAUACCAUUCAAACUAAAGUAGGAGACUUAGAAAACAAUGGCUCAGACGAAUCUAAUGGAGGAAUUUAUGGUGAUUAUAGUACCUAUUUACAGGUUACGCCUUCAUAUUAUGCUGCAGCCCAAGGAUUCUUCCAUCCAAGUGUCUUACCGUUUACACCUCAAAACCCGCUGAAGAUGACUCCGGUAAAAAAUGAAAAGCGGAGCUCUUCAUACCUCAUCACAAAUCCAGAAGACAGCCCAGUGGAAUAUGUUGGCCCACAUACUCAGGGCUCGGGAGUGCAUUAUACAGAAUUGUACCUUAAAAGAAAACGUGUCUAUUAAGAUUUCUAUCUAACUUGAAAUCAAAGUCACUUCUUGUGGCAUUCUUGUCACCAUUAUCUUUUAAUACAUAGUGUAGAUAAUCAGUGCAAUAGUAUUGCAGAAAUUAGUUUUUACAAAGGAAAAUGGUAUAGGGAAGAGCCUCUUUUCUUCCAGGCUAAUUUUUUUGGUUUGGGAUGACAGUAACAAGUUUUAAAGGAAUAGCAACGUUAUACUUUGAGAGGUUCUCUCAAAGCAAUGAAAUAAUAGUACUUUCCUACUAUCUUGCUGAGAAGUUAACAGUGAUACCCUUAAAAAGCAACAAUGCUGGUUGGCGAUAUUAUAAGAAACCUCUCUGAAGACUUAUGGUUCUUUAUUGCAAAGCAUUCAUGUUUAAUUCUAUCUUCUGUUUCAUCAUCAUCAUCAUCCACCAUUAUUGAGAUUGGGCUUAGACUGAGCCCAACAUUCAAAUGUAAAUAAAAUUAGGCAACUCUCCUAGUAGUAGGCUAGGAAAAUGUCAACAUACCGUACACACGUCUUAUUGAAAAUAACAUUGCUGAAGUGUAAAGCUGGUAAUACAAGUAUGUGUGACAAAGUUUCUGUGGAAAUGAAGGACUGAUACUAGUCUUGCAUUUGUAGACAUUGGCCUUUAGGGCUGUAAGUUCUAAAUCUAGAGACAAUAUUUAAACACAUUUUCAAAAUUGGUGUGUGAGAAUUUAUAUUUAAUAUCCACUUGGAGCUGAAUUUAUUACAGUCACUUGCAUUUUAUUAACUUGAAUGUGCUUUCCAGAUUGUAUUUGCAGACAUCUGAUUUAUCACACUUCCAAUUUGGAAACUUUAUUGUCGCACUUUAUUAUUUCUGACAAUUUGUUGGGACGCUCACUAGAAAUAAUACAUACAUGGACUGCUUCCAUUUAUAUGCUAGCUUUUAUUUCUAACUGGUCUUUUCUUGUGAAUGAAAAUGUGUUUGAAACAGGCUAUUUACCAUUGUCUGCUUAGAUCAUUGAGAAUUGUAAUAUGGCGUCACCCAUAAAAAAGUGUAUUUAAGUCUGAUUGAAAUGUUAUCAGGGUGGUGUUGCUGCAUUCAGUGGCAGCUUAACUGCAGCAGGCAGCUAUUCUGUAGAAUUAGACCUAAAUGUCACUUUGGCACUAAGCAAUGGGUUUUGGCCAUGUGCUUUUGGGUGGACUGGGGGGAAGGAAGCUACUUCUGGCAGCAUUUAUAACACAACCUUAUUUGGACCCAAUGUGUUUGUGUAUUGGUCUCAUUUCAUUUCCAUUACUUUUUGACCAAUCAAGCUCUUUAUAAAUAAAUUGGCAAGUUAAUGUUCUUAACAAGCCUGUAUGGCUAAUAUAGGAAGAGGUUAAAUCAGCUAAAGAAGGAAAAGGAAGGGAGGCACUAUGUACAAAUUUGGCAACCAACCAUUUUUUUUUCCUGCAAUAGUGUUAUGUCUUUGGAAAUUUAGGAGAUGAUAAGCAAUUAUGAUAAAGUCCUAUUGCAUGAUUGUA